AUGGAAGUGCAUAUUCACGCCCCAGACCAAACAGACCCUGGUCAACUAGUAUUGAUUUGGCAGAAAGUCAGCGCACUUGUUGAUCUUGUCAUCCCCAUUACUCGACCGGAUAUAGAGCUGGUCCCAAAGGGGUCAUGGCAUUCCAGAGAGCCACCAGCUCACUGGCGAGCCGACAGAGGUUUAUUUUAUGAGAUGGGGGGUCUACAGGAGUCGAUCAAACCCCUAUACACACACCGUCCUGACCAAGACAUUGUUCUGUUACCCUUCCUUCGUCUGGAACUAUGGAACGAGAAUCCCGCAAAAAAUGUGCCCGCGAUGUCAGACCAACAGUUCGACAACCUUCACCGACGCCUCAUGGGUCUAUUUAACAAAACCGGCAUCGAGCUCAGAUUAGAGGAGCUUCACACGAUGACCCAAGACACAGCUCCUGGACGAGAUACCGGGCAGAACGGCCGAUUUCCUUCGUCUCGCUCGAUAUAA